AUGGCACCGGUGGGCAGAUCUGCUGAAUCCGUACAGCAUUGCGAAGACAACGCCGAAGUUGUCAUCAAAAGUGAUAACAACGAUAAUAACGUGAAAACAAAUGCCAACAAUGAAUACAAGACACAAAUUGUGUGGAGAAAUGUACUCCUCAUGGGUUCGCUACAUAUCGGCGCUCUCUAUGGCGGCUAUAUUAUGCUAACGGCCGCUAAAUAUCAAACAGUGUUCGCCUGGUUUCUCAUGUACAUGUGCUCGGGACUGGGCAUAACGGCGGGCGCCCACCGUUUGUGGUCUCACCGGUCAUACAGAGCCAACUUCGCGCUGCGGACGCUGUUGUGUAUAUUCAACACAAUGGCCGUACAGAACAGUAUCUACGAGUGGUGUCGCGACCAUAGGGUUCACCACAAGUACUCGGAGACGGACGCCGACCCCCACAACGCCAACCGCGGCUUCUUCUUCGCGCACGUGGGUUGGCUUCUGUGUCGCAAACAUCCGGACGUCUCGUCCAAAGGCCGUAACGUCGACUUAACCGACUUAAUGCACGACCCGUUGGUUCGCUUCCAACACCAACACUACCGGCUCUUGAUAUUGAUUUUCUCUGUC